UCUCUAUCCACCAUUUCUCCAUCAUGCGCGGGGGCUGUCAUAUACUGCUGUCCUUCAACAGAAUAAAAGCCCGGAAGCCGAACGUGAUGGAACGGCAGCAAAGGAAGUCGCGAAUGCGCUCGAUAGAGCUGGCAGGGGCUUGACGUGCAGCGGAAAGGAACUGGAGUUGGCUGGCAGAGCGUUGGGCAACGAAGGGAUGCCGUUGCCUUCGCAGCCGCCGCCAUCUCCCACAGGGCCACCUCAAGGUCCAGCCGGCCCCAAUACGACACCGUUCACAACUGGGUCGAGCAUCGUUGACGCGUUCAUUACCACCGUCAUUGGUCUAAGUAUGGUGUUCUUCGGAGGGAUCGCGUAUGUCGCAUGGUACAAGACCAACGUGUUGGAUAAGAUUGAACUCGCCUUCACCGCCGGGUAUGACCCUGCGCUUGAGCUUGCAAACCGUACCUCGAAGCGGGAAGAACCUCUUCCCGUGCAGCACGAGUCAGACGAUAUUCCAUGGAACAAGCAUCUUCGCCGUGAUGACCAGGACCUGAUGGACGACAUCGUGGGCGGUGGAGAGACCGGCCGUUACUUCAUGCUACUUGGUCCUAAGGGUACAGGGAAAACCACCAUGCUUUACGAUGCUAUGCAAAAGAUCCACGCAGAAGGUGUUUCCAUUUGCGAAGCUCAUCCCGACUUGGAAGUCUUCCGCCUCCGCCUGGGGAAAGCAUUGAACUACGAGUACCACGAGGAUUCGCAAACGGGCCUCUUCCAGAGGCGCGACCCGAGGGAAGGCGGGCCGGCGCUGGACAUUGAACGAGCUUUGAACAAGCUGGAAAAGGUUGCGCUGCGUUACUCGGAGAAGAAGAAACGGCCACUUGUCCUGAUCUUGAACAAUAUACACUUCUUCAAGAAUGACGAUGACGGAAAGAACAUUCUGCUACAGUUUCAGCAGCGGGCAGAAGCAUGGGCAGCGAGCGGGAUCUUGACCGUUGUCUUCAGCUCGGAUGAUUUCUGGCCGUUUUACCUCAUGCGUAAAACUGGAAGCCGUAUGCAAAUCGUGUCGGUCAGAGACUUGAAUCAUCGACAAGCAUUGCAAGCGGCGAUGAAGAUGCGCAAGGCUUGUAACCGACCCGACGAGCCUGAAGAAAUUUACAAGGAGGUUGUGAACUACGCUGGUGGAAGACUUGCAUACCUAAACAAGAUUGCGAGACAACCGGACAUGCUUAGGUACGCUGGUGAGCUUCUAGGGAUCGAGAAAGCCUGGUUACAGAGCCAAAUUGGCCUCAUUCCCGACCACGACGACGACGUUAUGGAUGAGCAAAAAUGGAGUUCGUGCUCGUGGCUCUUGCUAAGAGAAUUUGUGAAGAUGCGGCAAGGAACGGUGCGCGAGAUAGAGGAGCAAAUUGCCGCGGGUGAGAAGCCUCCGGAGGCCCUCACGGAUCUGCUCCUGCCCAAAAUACCAUAUUACCGGUGCCGACAGAUCAUGACACGGCCGGACUUCUUGGAAGCCUUAGACCGCCUGAACAUUAUCUCCAUUGACAUCAACCACGACGUGACCCCGGAUUCGCUUCUGCUGCUGCGCGCCGCACAAGAGGUGGUCGAAGAAGAAGGCUUCGACCAACAGCUCGACGACGUGCGCGAUAGGGUCGAUGAGAUCGAGAGCCUGCACCGGACCAGAGAGCUUACGUUCAAGGAUGUGAAAAUUGGCGAUCGCAUCCGAUUGAGUGUCGACAAGGGCGGAGCUCUCCUCAUUGAGGACGAACGGCCGUCCUAGACCUUAGCGAUGUCCUACAGGAUAAUGGUUCUAGUCGUGCCUAUGCCUCCCCACGGACAUGCACGCCCUACCCUUUUCUAAUUGGUUCUUUUCCUUCCUUGUUCAGUGGGACGAUUGACUUCUCUUGUCCGGCAGUCAGCUGAUGCUGGCUUCGUGCCGGCCGUCGCCUCGCGGAAUACAUGCAUUAUAGAGUCGUGAGUUCCGAUAACUUGCGGUUGGAUUUUUAUGAUUGAGUUCCUGCAUCGUUUACUUCCGGUCUCCGGUACCUGUGGACAAGUUUCUUCUGCCCCAGUGGACCUAGUCAACUCUCCGAGGAUUAGGGACCGGCCGGACAGCGCAAAUGAUUAUCUUUAAUGGUAGCAUUCGGGCGGUUGGCCCGAUAUCGUGGCAACUGCUGGAGUCGUGAA